AUGUCAGUGCCAACCACUUCUCCUAAGGGCUUUCUGGUAGGAAACAGAAGCGAAUUGGUGUGGGCGGAAAGCAAAGACAGCUCUAGUUCAGGGUAUGUUCUAGGCAGUAGCAAAACAGCUAAGAGCCUUGAGCUGGGUUCGGAAGGCAAGGACGACUGUGAGCCGCAGUCGACACUAUUGAUACGGUAA